AUUCAGGCAUAAAAUUUGCCUAAUAUUCCACCUUUUGCUGCCAAAACAGUUCUGCCCCAUCGAGCAUUAACACUAUUAACUUCUUCAGCAGUUUGAGCCUAUCACUGAAACACUGGAUGGGACACCAGUACAUUGCUGGACACCAAUCAUACCAAGGGGCAAGUCAUCUAACAUACAGGAAUGUUUUUGGAAGAGGGCGCCAUGCAGCUCUUAAAACGAGUGUGGCGUCAUCGCUGAAGAAAAGAUCAACCAGGAAAAACAAAUCGUGUAAAGUCCAGUGACGUGGCCUGCUGAGGAUCUCCUGAGCACAAGUCAGGAUCUGCCCGUUAUUGCUAUAAGAUGUCGGAGAAUGGACGCCCAGCCGCUGAUCUACAGGAGAACGUGAAAGACAACACCCUCAAAGAGGAAACAGACAGUGAUUCUUUUUAUGACGCCCAGAGCGACAGCUCCGCUGACGUAGCCCCGACUCGAAAGACGAGGAAGAGACCGGAGAACAAACCCCCUCCUGAGCUCCUGGAAAGUCCGAAGUCAGCUGGUGUGGCUGAAAAUGUAUCAAAGGCUUCUACACAGACAUCUGUAAGUGAAGGUGGUUGGGGAAGCUGGGGAAGCUGGGGAAAGUCUCUUCUUUCUACAGCCACUGCCACUGUUGCCACCGUGGGCCAAGGUCUGUCUCAGGUCAUCGAGAAGGCGGAGACAUCUUUGGGAAUCCCCAGUCCUUCAGAGCUCUCAACCCAGGUGGAAAAGGAGCAGGAAGCAGAUGGUACCGUACCCUCUCCUCCCAGCUCCAGCGAAGAAAACACAGCAGAAGGAUCCGGUACCGUGUUGGGAAGCGCGAUGGGAAUGUUGUCCUCCAGCAGUAUGGGAAUGCUGUCGUCUCUGUCCAGUGCAGUCCAGAAUACAAGCAAAACAGUAAUAAGUGGUGGGCUGGAUGCUUUGGAGUUUAUUGGAAAGAAGACGAUGGACGUCAUAGCAGAAGGAGACCCAGGUUUCAAAAAAACCAAAGGCCUGAUGAACAGAUCGUCCACUUUGUCCCAGGUUCUGAGGGAGGCAAAGGAACGAGAGCAACAGCAGACGGCCGAGAAGGUCACCUCGGAAACGGAGAAGAAGGCUCAUUAUGGGAUGCUGUUUGACGAGUUCCAGGGCCUGUCUCAUCUCGAAGCUUUGGAGAUCCUGUCCAGAGAGAGCGAAGCGAAGGUGAAGUCGGUGCUGAGCACAUUAUCAGGCGAAGAGCUGACCACCCUGAGAGACGAUCUGGAGCAGAUCAAGGAGUCCUUCUCCUUGAUGGAGUUUGACGAUGAGGAAGUGGACGAUCCACAAGUGGACGAUGGUGAAAAUUUCACAAAGGAACUGACAGACACAUUAAAAAAGCUCCACAUAUCCACGUCGGCCGAGAGACUCGGGAAGGCUCGGAGGAACGCAUUCGAGCGCAUCGUGAAGAUUCCGACCGAAGCGAAGCAGCAGCAGGACGAGAGCAGCGAGCAGGAGGCCCCGGUGAUCACGUGCACCGUCGAGGAUGCUCACUGUUAUGCUAUCACGAGCUUGGCCGAGCUCACAGCCAGAUCUAUUGAGCAGUUCCACAAGGUGGCAGAAAUGCUUCUUCAUACCAGUGUUGAGGAGGUCACUGCUCUGGAACAAGCCAAAGUCCUGGCACAGAUCACGAUUGUUCUCUGCAAGGAGAUAUCAGUGCUGUCGAAGAAAUUCACAGCUUGUUUAGCUACAAUUGGGACAAAUGAGAAGGGAGAGGUUCUGAAUCCAUUAAUCACUGGCGUUUUCCUGGAGGCCUCCAACAGCGCUUCAUAUAUCCAGGAUGCGUUCCAGCUCUUAAUGCCGGUGAUCGAGGUUUCUCACAUUCAGAGGACGGCAGAAUCGAGUCCCAGAUAACCGCUCGAAACUUUCCAGUGCCAAGUAGGAAUUUAGACAGUAACAAAAGAACAAUACCACAGGCUGUAACUCCAACACAUCACUUUGAUUCAUUGAGAAACAUGAAAUCUAUAUUUUUUAUAGUUCAUUUUACCAAUAAAGUAUUAUUGGCGAUUUUCUAACUAUGUGGAAAGUUAAGUUAAACAGUUCCAUGUGGUUGUUUUUAAUGAAAUAUAUACACUAUAUGAACAAAAAGUAUUGGGAAACCUGAAUUUUCCAGGUUCUUCUGUAAAUUGUUAACACAAAGUUGGAUUGCAUCCGACGUCUUGCGCUGAGCUCCGAGAUCCAAACCUGUUCCAGCAUGAUGUUUCUCCAUGAAGAUAUGCUUUACAUGGGUUGGAGUGGAAGAUCUCUUGCUAUAGGUUUUAAAUAACCGUAUUGAGCACCUAAAUGCCUCCUCACGUUCUCACCUCAAUACCUGACUUUAGAUAUUAUAGUCAUUAUGCUAUAAUAAAAUAUUACAUUUUUUUUUUUAAAUCUUAUGCUCAGGUGUCCACAAACUUUUGCCCAUAUAGUGUAUGCAGCAUUAGCAUUUUUGGGGGGAAAAUUUGCAGUUAUAAUCACAUGGAUAAAGUGUGUAUCAUUGUAUUGUGUGUGUGUGUGUGUCAGUAUUGUUUUGUUUGGGAUUUGUUUAGAAUUUUAAUAUGUACAAGAAAUUUUAGAUUUUUAGCAUAGACCUUUUAUUUAAUUGCCCCUAGUAAUUGAUGAGUUACGAUAAGAUGUGGAAGGUUCCUCAUGUUGAGGUUCUGUAACACUACAGUGUUGGUUCUCUGUUCUAGUACCCUGAUGGGAUUUAGAUAUUAUGCACACCAAGAAUAAAAAAAAGUUUCUGCAUGCGA